AUGGAGCGUAUCGUUAUCAGCUCAUGCGCGCUACCGUGCAGUGCAGCUUCUGCUGCUGCAUCGGCUCCUAUUCUUGCAUCUACUGCCGGAGACGGCGCUGCUUCGCGGAACGUUCGUCCAGUAUCUGCCGUCCAUCGGCACCAAUCCCAUCUGCCACGUGUGCAGACCAAUCGCACCCAAGGUCGCCACGUGGGUGAACUCCGCGUCCCCAUUGGACAGCUUGCCGCAGCGCGGUUCAUACCGUCGUCUCUACACCCCAGCUCCACCCAUCGCGUUCAUUGUACCGCGUCUGCUGGUAACGCGGACGGAACCGGGUCGAAUGAUGACAAAGGGGAGGGAGAGGGGGGAGAGGAGGCGGGGAAGGAGAGGGGGGGAAAUGGAGAACCUGAAAAGACAGAUGAGCGCAAGGACAAAGCCGCAGAUGUUACUAGCGGAUACGUCACUAGCGAGGAUGAAAGCGCGGACAUUGUGAGCAGCCUGGGGGAUUGGCGGGAGUUCCGCGCGCGCCUGAUCCGCGGGGAGGUUGGGGUGGCGGGGGAAGAGCCUGGCGCAUCUGGAGCAACGGACGGUGCAGAUGCGCUGACAGUGCCCGAGACGGGGUGUGUGCUGCUGGCGCACCCUAGGGCGUUCGGCGUGUCUCAGCAGUACUUCAACCGCGCUGUCAUCUUCCUUCUCAUGCACGGACCACAAGGGACUGCAGGCGUGAUACUGAACAGACCCUCGCAGUACACACUCGGGCAGCUUGCAGGCUUCGAGGAGCUCCUGCCGGAAUUUUCAGCCUGCCCGUUAUAUCUGGGCGGCGAUGUCGGCUCUACGUCCACGCACUGCCUGCACGGGGUGGCGGAGCUGGUGGGGGGGGAGGGGGGCGCGCGGGAGGUGUGUCCGGGGGUGUAUGUGGGGGGGUACUCGCGGAUCAAGGAGCAUGUGGCGAGCGGGCAGAGCAACAGCAUGGACUAUCGAUGGUUCGCCAGAUAUGCUGGGCAGUUGGAGCGGGAGGCGGCAGCAGGGGUGUGGUACCUGGGAGCAUGCUCACCAGAUUCCAUCCUGCAGCAUCUCAAAUUGGAGCGGGAGGUGGCAGCAGGGGUGUGGUACCUGGGAGCAUGCUCGCCCGACCUCAUUCUCAGGCAUUCCCUGAGAGAAACUGUCACUGUAGAGAGCGCAGGUGACGGUGGCAAUAGCGAGAUUGACAGUAUAGAGGCUGCAGAGAGGGGUGGUCAGAGCAGUGAGACAGGUGGUGUGGGGGGGAGGAGAGAGGGAGCAGUGGGUGUGAGUGGGAACACAGGGCUGUGGAGGGAGGUGAUGGAGUUGAUGGGGGGAGAGUAUGCUGUCCUGUGUAAACAGGCAGACGGGGAGCUGUAG